AUGUCUAUCCGUGUUGUUCGCGAGCCAGCUAAUGCCAAAGCUGACAUCGUGCUUGUCCACGGCCUCCUAGGCGACCAAGCACCGUGGACUUCCGAGGCCGGUCUCUUCUGGCCUGAGAAGCUCCUUGCCGCAAAGGCGGGUGACGGAUGUAUUCUCUCCUUUGAGUAUGACGCGACCAUCAGUUCGUUCUUCGACGAGGAUGCCGAAAUCAACGAUAUCUCUGGCGACUUGAUUAACGAGGUGAUGGAUCAUCGGCUCGAGAAAGACAAGGAAGAACGAGCCCUAAUCUUCGUUGCACACGGUCUCGGUGGCACAGUUGUGGAGAACGCCCUCGUCCGAGCAGCGCAACACCCCAAGAAACGCGAGCUCAUCGGCUACGUCCAGGGCAUCCUCCUGCUCGGAACACCUCACUUCCAAGAUAGCUCUCUAUCCGCAGCCACGAAGUACUUCCAGUUCGCCAACAUUCCCGACUCAGAAAUCCCCGCCGGGUCUGACCUCAAAGAAAAAGCCCACCAGCUAAUUUCCAUCCCACCCGCCUUCUCCGCCCUCAAGCAAGACGGCGCCGAGUUCGAGAUCGAGGGCUUCUACGCCGGCGUGAAAACGAAAGCAGGCGGGAAAGACGUCAAGAUCGUCGAUGAAGAUCUGGCCCGAUGUCCUGAGGCUCCUCCGCCUGAGAAGCUGGCCCGGAACCAGCUGCGUUUGAGUCAGUAUGAUGCCGACGAUGAUAAGGAUUUUAAGAAGGUGGUGCGCGUGAUUGUUCAGUGGAUGUCGAAGAUUGUGAUUCCGGAGGAGGAAAAGGGCGCGCAGAACGUGUCGAAUGCUACAUUUUCUGGGUCCCAUAAUUCGGGCUUGCAGCUUGGGCAGAACGCGGGGCAGUUGAAGGGAUUUAGCUUUAGAAAUGGUUGA